AUGGCCAAUCCCGUCCCAGCUCCACAUACAGGAGCACACUAUCAGGCCAAAAAUGGAUAUCAUGUCAAGACGUGGGGUGACGGGAGCCGAUAUGAGGGAGAAUGGGUAGAAGACAUGAUGACUGGCCGAGGGUUCAUGGUUUGGGCGGAUGGAAGGAGAUACGAUGGGGAAUGGUUUGAAAACAGAUGUAAUGGUAGGGGUGUCCUUACAUACAAAGAUGGAAGAAGAUACGUGGGCGAGUAUAAGCUUGACAAGAUGCAUGGCAAAGGGGUGUACUAUUGGGCAGAAGGAGCACGCUAUGAAGGUGAAUACAGAGAAGACAAGAAGAAUGGCCGUGGUGUGCAGACUUGGCCAAGUGGCGCAAGAUACGAAGGAGAAUACGUGGAUUCAGUACAGACCGGUUAUGGCUUGAUGACUUGGGCAGAUGGAAGGCGUUACGAAGGAUACUGGGUCAACAGCAAAUGCACCGGUUUUGGCAUUUUGACGCACAAGGAUGGAAGACGAUAUGCAGGAGAGUAUGUCAACGACAAGAUGCAGGGUCAUGGUAUUUACACAUGGGCCAAUGGGGCAAAAUACGAUGGUGAGUACAAGGACAAUAAGAAGAAUGGCCAUGGUUUGCAUACAUGGCCGGAUGGUUCGAUGUACAAAGGCGAAUACUUGGAUGGCAUGCAAACUGGCCAGGGCUACAUGGCAUGGGGUGAUGGUCGUGUAUACCGUGGGGCGUGGGUGCAAAGCAAGUGCACUGGCUUUGGUAUUUUGACCCACGCGGACGGAAGGAGAUAUGAAGGAUAUUAUCUCAAAGACAAGAUGCAUGGACAUGGGGUUUAUACUUGGCCUGAUGGAAGGAAAUACAAUGGGGAAUACAAGAACAACUUGAAACAUGGAAAUGGAGUUUGGACAUGGCCAGAUGGCGUGAUGCUUGAGGGACAGUGGGCAGACAAUUUGCCCUGCAGACAUGCUUGCACUAUAAUCUUCUCUUCUUAUGUAUCGACGACAGAAGUCCAACCCAGGGUUGGGCUUGACACGGACACUACACUUCAAAAAUUGUGGGAAGAUGCUCAUGCAUGGAGACAAGAACACAAUGUAGUCCACAAUCCCCCGUCGCCAACAGCACACAGAUUAUCGCCGAGAGCAAGUCCGGUUAAUGGAAAGGCUGAUGACAAUGCCCACCAAAGAGAUGACGAAGUUGCCCCUUGCGGUGCAGCGGUUGCUGGAAUGGCAAGUGCUCCUCCCCAGUCAAGCGGUGCUAGGCCAGUGCCCAUGGCGAACGAUUUCAUCCGAGGUGCAAACAGUGCUGCUUUCGAUGUCGGCCGGUAG